UUUUUUUUUUUUUAAUCCCCGCACCAAGCACUUAACCUCAUUAGGGUGGAGGAGAAGGCGGCGGCGAUCUGGUAAGGCGGCGGCAACUAUAGCGAAUAAUACUGCUAAUGGACUGCUGAAUUAUGAAGUAUUUCAGACCCAAUACUAGACCAUCACCCCGCCACUCACUCCUUUAUCUUCUACUAGUUAUUUAAAUUGAACUUUUAAUAUCCUACCAGCUGCUCUUCAGACACACAUGGUGCAUUGUUGCCAUUCCCCGGAUUGCAUCUUUGAAACACAGGCUCUUAGCAACCUUCAGCGAACAAAGAGGCAACCUCCCGGGUACAUUUACUGGGAGGGUGUCACCCUGACUGCCCUCUAGCCUUUGCUGCUUCUGGAUUUGAAUUCCACUAUGGAGCCUCGCAUGGAGUCCUGCCUGGCACAGGUGUUGCAGAAGGAUGUGGGGAAACGACUGCAAGUUGGCCAAGAACUUAUAGACUAUUUCUCAGACAAACAGAAGUCUGCUGACCUUGAGCAUGACCAGACCAUGUUAGAUAAACUUGUGGAUGGACUCGCUACCUCUUGGGUGAACUCAAGCAAUUACAAGGUGGCUCUUCUGGGCAUGGACAUCCUGUCCGCGCUGGUCACCCGGCUGCAGGAUCGGUUCAAGGCGCAGAUUGGCACAGUGCUGCCAAGUUUAAUAGACAGACUGGGAGAUGCUAAAGACUCUGUGAGGGAUCAAGACCAGACUCUGCUGCUAAAGAUCAUGGAUCAAGCUGCUAAUCCCCAGUACGUGUGGGACCGAAUGCUGGGAGGCUUCAAGCACAAGAAUUUCCGGACUCGGGAAGGCACGUGUGUCUGCCUUGUUGCCACACUCAAUGCCUCUGGAGCCCAUACUUUGACACUAAGCAAGAUUGUGCCACAUAUAUGUAAUUUACUUGGAGAUCCAAACAGCCAGGUUCGAGAUGCAGCAAUAAACAGCUUAGUGGAAAUUUACAGACAUGUAGGAGAACGUGUGAGGGCAGAUCUCAGUAAAAAAGGAUUGCCACAGUCUCGGUUGAAUGUAAUAUUUACAAAAUUUGAUGAAGUCCAAAAAUCUGGAAACAUGAUACAGUCUGCAAAUGAUAAAAAUUUUGAUGAUGAAGAUUCUGUGGAUGGUAACAGACCUUCCUCUGCUAGUUCUACUUCAUCCAAAGCUCCACCAAGCUCACGGAGAAACGCUGGAAUGGGGACCACCCGUCGGCUUGGGUCAUCCACUCUUGGAUCCAAAACUUCAGCUACAAAAGAAGGAGCUGGUGCUGUUGAUGAAGAGGAUUUUAUUAAAGCCUUUGAUGAUGUACCUGUAGUGCAGAUUUAUUCCAGCCGUGACCUUGAGGAAUCCAUCAACAAAAUUAGGGAAAUACUGUCUGAUGACAAGCAUGAUUGGGAGCAAAGAGUAAAUGCUCUAAAAAAGAUUAGAUCUUUACUUUUGGCUGGUGCUGCUGAGUAUGAUAACUUCUUUCAACAUUUGCGACUUUUGGAUGGAGCCUUUAAACUAUCUGCUAAGGAUCUGCGGUCUCAGGUAGUGCGGGAAGCUUGUAUCACGUUGGGGCAUCUGUCAUCAGUUCUGGGGAAUAAGUUUGACCAUGGAGCUGAAGCCAUUAUGCCAACUAUCUUUAAUUUAAUUCCAAACAGUGCCAAAAUUAUGGCCACUUCUGGUGUGGUAGCUGUUAGGUUAAUCAUUCGGCAUACACACAUUCCUAGGCUAAUACCUGUCAUAACGAGCAACUGUACCUCUAAGUCUGUUGCAGUUAGAAGACGCUGUUUUGAAUUUUUAGAUUUACUUUUACAAGAAUGGCAAACACAUUCACUGGAACGACACAUAUCAGUAUUAGCCGAAACAAUAAAGAAGGGAAUACAUGAUGCCGACUCUGAAGCAAGAAUAGAAGCCAGAAAGUGUUACUGGGGUUUCCACAGUCACUUCAGCAGAGAAGCAGAGCACUUAUACCACACCCUGGAGUCCUCCUACCAGAAGGCCCUGCAGUCCCACUUGAAGAACUCGGAUAGCAUUGUGUCUUUGCCACAGUCUGAUCGCUCGUCUUCUAGCUCUCAGGAGAGUCUAAAUCGGCCGCUCUCUGCCAAGAGGAGUUCUACCGGAAGUACCACCUCUAGAGCUUCUACAGUCAGCACCAAAUCCGCGUCAACAACUGGGUCCCUCCAGCGGUCUCGAAGUGACAUUGAUGUGAAUGCAGCAGCCAGCGCCAAAUCCAAAGCCUCCUCGGCUUCAGGCAGCGCGCCCUUCAGUUCUGCAGCAGCCUUGCCUCCAGGAUCAUAUGCAUCCUUAGAGUCCAGACACAUGAGGGAAGAUGUGGAGUCCGUAGGCCUUGACUCAGAUGGUACUGCCACUAAAGCGGAGGGUCGGAUUCGUACGAGACGUCAAAACUCUGGGAGUACCACCAAUGUCGCCUCUAUACCUUCUGAUAAUCGAGGCCGCAGUCGCGCUAAAGUGGUUUCACAGUCCCAGCGAUCCAGAUCUGCUAAUCCUGCUGGUGCUGGCAGCCGGUCAAGUUCUCCAGGGAAAUUGUUGGGGAGUGGUUAUAGUGGUCUUGCUGGGGGUUCCUCAAGAGGCCCGCCUGUGACACCCUCUUCAGAAAAACGAAGCAAGAUUCCCAGGAGUCAGGGAUGUAGCCGAGAAACAAGUCCAAACCGAAUAGGAUUAGCACGGAGCAGCCGUAUCCCUCGACCCAGCAUGAGUCAGGGGUGCAGCCGCGAUACCAGCCGUGAGAGCAGCCGAGAUACGAGCCCUGCUCGGGGCUUCCCUCCACUGGACCGGUUUGGGCUUGGCCAGGCAGGAAGAAUACCUGGUUCUGUGAAUGCCAUGCGUGUUUUAAGCACAAGUACAGAUCUUGAAGCUGCUGUUGCUGAUGCUUUGCUGUUAGGAGACUCCAGGAGCAAGAAGAAGCCUGUGAGGAGGAGAUAUGAGCCAUAUGGGAUGUAUUCUGACGACGAUGCCAACAGCGAUGCCUCGAGUGUUUGCUCUGAGCGCUCGUACGGGUCCAGGAAUGGUGGCAUUCCCCACUAUCUGCGGCAGACUGAGGAUGUAGCAGAAGUUCUCAACCACUGUGCCAGUUCAAACUGGUCAGAAAGGAAAGAAGGGCUUCUGGGCCUGCAGAACUUACUGAAAAGCCAAAGAACACUGAGUCGAGUAGAAUUGAAAAGAUUGUGUGAAAUCUUCACACGGAUGUUUGCUGACCCACAUAGCAAGAUUGCUGAUUCAGAACCAGAAUGUGAGGAUAAAGAAGGAAAUUUGUUUCCAUCAGAAGGCUCUUGUACAAGAGUUUUCAGUAUGUUUUUGGAGACUCUUGUUGAUUUUAUAAUAAUUCAUAAGGAUGAUUUGCAAGACUGGCUUUUUGUUCUUCUCACACAAUUACUUAAGAAAAUGGGAGCAGAUUUACUUGGAUCUGUGCAAGCAAAAGUUCAGAAGGCUCUAGAUGUCACAAGGGAUUCCUUUCCAUUUGAUCAACAAUUUAACAUUUUGAUGAGAUUUAUUGUGGAUCAAACUCAGACUCCUAACCUCAAGGUCAAAGUUGCAAUCCUGAAGUACAUUGAAUCUCUCGCCAGGCAGAUGGAUCCAACAGAUUUUAUAAACUCUAGUGAGACCAGGCUUGCUGUUUCUAGAAUUAUAACCUGGACCACAGAACCAAAGAGUUCAGACGUGAGAAAGGCAGCACAAAUUGUGCUCAUUUCGCUGUUUGAAUUGAACACUCCUGAAUUUACCAUGUUACUUGGUGCCUUGCCCAAAACAUUCCAGGAUGGUGCCACCAAACUCCUGCAUAACCACCUCAAGAAUUCCAGUAACACCAGUGUGGGCUCUCCGAGCAAUACAAUUGGCCGGACUCCCUCCCGACACACCAGCAGCAGGACCAGCCCCCUGACCUCACCCACCAAUUGUUCCCAUGGGGGCCUGUCUCCAAGCAUGCUGGACUAUGAUACAGAGAACCUGAACUCUGAAGAAAUCUAUAGUUCUUUGCGUGGAGUUACAGAAGCCAUUGAAAAGUUCAGUUUUCGAAGCCAAGAGGAUCUGAAUGAGCCAAUUAAACGAGAUGGCAAGAAGGACUGUGAUAUUGUGUCCCGCGAUGGUGGAGUCGUCCCCCCUGCCACCGAGGGCCGGGGAGGCAGUGAUGUGGUGGAGGGAGGCAGAACAGCUCUGGACAACAAGACCUCCCUCCUCAACACUCAGCCUCCACGCGCCUUCCCAGGGCCACGGGUGCGAGACUACAACCUGUACCCCUACCCCGACACCAUCAACACCUAUGACAAGACAGCCCUGAAGGAGGCCGUGUUUGACGAUGACAUGGAGCAGCUUCGAGAUGUGCCCAUUGACCAUUCGGACUUGGUGGCUGACCUUCUGAAAGAGCUGUCUAACCACAACGAGCGAGUGGAGGAACGGAAGGGCGCCCUGCUGGAGCUGCUCAAGAUCACGCGGGAGGACAGCCUGGGCGUCUGGGAGGAGCACUUCAAGACCAUCCUGCUCCUGCUCUUGGAGACACUCGGAGACAAAGAUCAUUCCAUUCGCGCACUAGCAUUGAGAGUUCUACGAGAAAUUCUGAGAAACCAGCCAGCAAGAUUCAAAAACUAUGCCGAGCUGACGAUCAUGAAGACUCUGGAAGCCCACAAAGACUCCCACAAGGAGGUGGUACGAGCUGCUGAGGAAGCUGCGUCCACUCUGGCCAGUUCCAUCCACCCAGAGCAGUGCAUCAAAGUCCUCUGCCCCAUCAUCCAGACUGCCGACUACCCCAUCAACCUUGCUGCCAUCAAGAUGCAGACCAAAGUCGUCGAGAGGAUCGCCAGGGAGUCCUUGCUGCAGCUCCUGGCUGACAUCAUCCCGGGCUUGCUGCAGGGUUACGACAACACUGAAAGUAGUGUGCGGAAAGCCAGUGUAUUUUGCUUAGUAGCAAUUUAUUCUGUAAUCGGAGAAGAGCUGAAACCUCACCUCGCACAGCUCACGGGGAGUAAGAUGAAGCUGCUAAAUUUAUAUAUAAAGAGGGCCCAGACCACGAACAGCAACAGCAGCUCCUCCUCCGACGUCUCCACACACAGCUAAUGACAACGCAGUCUCUGUAGCCCCAGAACCCUCGGUGGUGCCUCUCAGAGACCUUCCCCACCCCCUCGUAGGCUCCCGGUCAGGACGAGGAGGCCACAAAUAUUUAUUACAAUCAGUAUUUUGGUCCCUUCCAGCUUUUGUGUAGAAUCUUACUGGCAUUGAAUGUAAAGGAAGCAAGGCCUGCUUUGCAGUCGUACAAAGCAAGUAAGAAAGGAAGAGCCAUACAGUCUUCUGCAGCCUGCUGAGACCAUGACCACGGUGUGGUGCAGUUUAGAAACCCGCGAGCCCUCUAGCCUGCACCUGAUAGGAAGUGACCUUUCUCUUCGGUGAACAGAGCUGAGGCUGUGCCCGUCUGUGUUUCUCUCCCAUCCUAGCGUCCUUUGUUCUGGAUGUGGCCCGUGGAGGGGUUGGUUGUAUGUCGUUUCAUUGUAUUUUGAGACCUACUAAGAAUGUGAAUCAUGUCUUGGCAAGAAAUGGAGAAAAAUCUGAAGGUGACCUUUGAACAGACACCUGGAAUUUGCUUAUGACACCUAGACUCAAGGCUGACUGCCCCACAUCAGUUCACUGAAGGCACCUUGCGGCUUCCCUCCGACGGCUGCCCGCCCUCUGAACGGUGCCAUGACGCUCGCUGUCUGUCCCCACCACAGAGCUUCCACUCAGAAGAACCCUCAGAACGUUUAUAUCCAGAUACCAAAAUCAGUUAGUGGCGUUUCAGGGAUGGAAGAUGUGAGAGGUGGUUUGUUCCACUGCUGAGGUCUGAGGAAAUGCUACUUUGAUGGGUCUCUCUGACGGGCCCCAUCUCCUGCCCUCUCCCCAGCAUCCGCCUGAGCCGCCCGAGUCUGGGGGACGGCACUGCACCAUCUCCGCUCUCUGUUCUCUGUAGUUUGGGAUUGAGAUCAAAGAAGAGACCAGGUAUCAGAAUUAUUGUUGUUAAUUUUAUGGACUGAAGUUCUUUGAUCAUCUGUUGAAAUAGUUAUUAUUUAAGGAAAAAGUAAUUAUGGUGAGUGGCAAAUUGCUGAAAAACAGGAUUUGAAACACAAUUUAGUCUGUUUCCUUUUCUUCAGUAAGAAAUUCCCAGAGUAACUUCCCAUUUUAAAGUUUCUUGAGGGUUUGAUUGCUUCAAAGUAAUUAUUGAUCUAAAGUCUGGUGAAAUACGUUUUGAGUAAAAUUCUUAAAGCUAAAUGGAAGUUCCUAAUGCAGCCACGAAGGUGUCCAUCACCUCUCGCAUCCUCUGUGUGCGAGCCUGAACUGAGCUGAUCUUACGCAGGACGGCUUCCUGGCGGUGGUGACGAGGUGCAGGCAGCAGGGAGCAGGGAGUCGGUGAUGCUCGCCGCUGACUUGCACAGACCCCUCCCUUCUCUGGGCCUCCAGCUUCGACACUGGGAGUUGUGAAAGACACUGUAGCGAACAACUCAUUUUCGUUCAGAUCUUAUUUUAGAUACUUUAUGUGGAAAUAGGCACUGACUUGAAGGUGCAGGGACAGUGGAGCCAGGGUGCCGGUGCGGGGGGUGUCGCACCUGUAGGGAACACCGUGGUUGAAUCUUACUGGCUUAUUUUGGCUCAGAACAUAGUAGGACUGGGCCUUGCUUCCACUGAUACAUACUCUGUUAAUAUUUCACUAGUGGGGAUUUUCACACUGUCAGUGAGUCGGGGCAGAGCGUCUCGGUCCCUCCUCUGCUGUGCAAGCGUGCGUCUGGCUAGGUUGUUUAUGAGUUCUCGUCUGCUGCUGCGCCUGGGAAGACUUCUCCUUCAGCUCUGGCUCAGCGGUCACCGCAGCCCCCUGCCUGUAGUUGGGAGGAAUCUUGAACAUUGCCGAAUGUCCUCACAGUACUCAAAGGGCUCACCUUGAAUGUCACUUGCCCAGUCUUCAGCCCCCUGUCUUAUAGAGAGGUACAGUCACUCGCUCACAGGUCUCGGCCUCAAUCAGACUGCUGCCCCGCUAAGGAGACUCGCAUGCCGCCGCACCUCACAGGGAGAGCCGUGCCCGCUGCCCUCGGAAUCCUGGCCGCUUCCCUGCCGGGUCCUAUCCCGAUGAGACAGCAAAAGAGCAAAGCACCCAGACCUGUCUGCCCAGGGCCCCCAAAACCCACCUGAGCCCCCCACUGGGGCCAGAUCACCUGGCUCCCACUUUCCUUCCAGCUGCUGCCAUCCCUCUGAGGCCACGGUGCGUCCACAGCUGAGGGUGAGGUGCCAGCGCUCCUCAAGGACACUGCUGGGCCGUGGCCACAGUGCUCUGGGGCUCUGCACUCACUGUCACACCCUCAGCUAAUGCAACGGAUGUGUGUCUCGUCUUUUUCUUUCCCAGCCGCCCGGUAUUUAUCAAGCAUCAUGCACAUCAAAGAGCAGCCAUGUAGACUCCUGCAGGACUUGGCUAACGAUGUUUGGAAAUGAGCAAAUGCUCUGAAAAAUAUCACCACCAAAUGAUUCUGUCAGCGCUGUGUUUACACGCAUGGUCCCACACCCCCUGGUUGGGUUUUGUUUUUCUGGUUUUAUGGGGGGGGGCGCUGUUUCACAUUACAUUCAUAUCUGUAUGCGUAUCUUAAUUUGUUUCACUUCAAAU